CGUAGUAUACUUACGGCCUUGAUUGGACCACGAAUUUCGCGCGAAAUUGAAAGUGCGACUUUGGAUAACAUAUCAAAUAUGGUCCGAUAUUGGAAGCAUCGUGGCGAAAAAAUAUUCAGAAACCUCGAACCUCAUAUCCAGAAAUAUUUUCCUUAUCAUAAACCAGAGCUUGAAGGAACUUCUCCUCAACGUGCUAUUCUAACGGGGAAGAAAGUCAAAGUACCUUUCGACUACGCAAUUGGACAAGUAGUACCGUUUCAACAAAGUCUAACAUCAUCAUUCCCAGAUAUUGUAAAGGUCCGUCUGCACAAGCUCUGCUUAAAUCGUUUCCUGAUGAAGUAUUUUUAUCAAACAGCAACGUAUUGGGUUCAUACACAAGGUUUAGUGGUGAAUAUUGGAGAUAUCGUGCUUAUUGAGAAGACUGACCCACCGGUGGCAUUCAAUACCAUGUACAAACUGAAAAAAGUCGAAUUUCCUGUCGGUAAUCUUGUUGAUCCAGUCACAGGACUACGAUCUGAAGGUCCAGAAUAUUCAAUUGAAACACUGAAGUCCAUUUUAAGUAAAGAAGACAACACUUUUAAUAGUGCUUAAGACUAGCCACAUUUUCGCUUGAUUUUGUUGUAAAUAACCGCGUUUUUCAAUAUACGAUAGUUUCAAUA